GCAUGCAGGUUGUGCGACGAGAGAGGGCGCGCACACGUACGUACACACGUACGUACAAAUAGACCCUGCGCGGGAGAAUUGAGCUUGUCGAGCACAAAUUGCUGAUAAAGAUUUUCCAAAUGAAAGCUUGAUUUUGAGAAAGCUAGACACGGCUUUUCACCAUGGCAUCUGGCGCCUCAGGCCCAAGUGACCCCCAGGCAUUGCUGCUUCAGCUAGUCAGGCAUAUGCUGGCUAAACCCAAAGAUGCAGAUGUUACUUCACAGUAUCAGUAUGCUCUCAGAGUAAUCAGCAGCAAUUUUACACCUUCUGUUGAAGGAGAUGAAUUUCAAGUGUCGCAGCGGAUCCAACGAAAAUUGGCCAGACAAGGCAGGGAGUCGGACGCUGCCAGGUUUGCAGAACUCUACCGGAAAUUACAGUCUCAAACUGUACUCAAGAAUCGAUGGGCCAUCAUGUAUCUUCUUAUGUCACUCAGUGAAGAUAGGAAAUCUGCUAGGCAUAGGAUGGCUGAGGGAGCGUCCAUAUUUGGCCAAGGCUUGCCCCGAAUGGCGACCUCGACGCCGUUUGAGCCCCGGCCAGGCAGUCGCCAGCCCCUGCCCCAAGAACAGACUCUGAGCAUGAUGCAUGAACGAUCGCACAGUAGUGGAAUUGGAAGUACCUUGAGUAGUAUAUCUGGCCAUGGGCAGACAGUGUCAUCAACUAGUAACUUCAGUAUGCCGGGUGACGCGUAUACCCCAGCAGGCGACAUGCAGCCAGUCAGCACCCGUCUAUCCCGCAUGCUGAUAGGCGACAGUACAAAGCAUCAUACCUAUGGAGCUACACCAGCCUAUGGGCAGGCAAGGCGAACACCGGCAGUGACAUUUGCUCAGAGUGCCGGAGAUACCACUGACAACACUGCUGCUGAAGUUCCGGAGGCCUCCCUUGUAAGGGAUCUGAUCUACGUCUUCCAAGGCGUGGAUGGCCAGUACAUCAGAUACCAUCCGGCAGAAGAUGCGUUCUGCAUCGACCACCAGGCCGGUGUCUCCAAACCCACCAGGGAUCUAGUCCACAAGCUGGCUGAGCUGGGCUGGCUGUUCCUGAGAGUACGGAAGUACGUGGAUUCCCGUAGUCAAGACAGCGUCAUGGGCAUUGUGGGACAGAGUUUUUGUGCAGCUUUGCAGCAGGAACUAACAGAGUACUAUCGUUUACUGGCAGUACUAGAGGCACAGCAACAACAGCAAGAGCAGGAUCCAGGGGUCGUUGACCCCAGCACUGACCUGACCCUAAUAAGGUUAAAGGUCUGGACCUAUGACCCUAUCCACAGGAUGAAGUACCUAGCCAUACUGGUGGACGGCUGUAAAGAUAAGAAAGGGGGCGCCCUUGCCUCGGCUGUGCACUCCUACACGCUCCAUGGCGACCCGUCGGUCAAGUGCGUCAUGAAGCACAUCUUGAAACUGGUAGCCUUCCCCAUCAAGACAAUGCUGGAUCGCUGGAUUGAGGACGGGAACUUGGACGACAAGUUUCAUGAGUACUUUGUUGCCUCUGACCCCCUGGUAAAAGAAGACCGACUGUGGCAUGACAAGUACUCCCUCCGGAAAUCUAUGAUCCCAUCCUUCAUUACCAUGCAACAGGCAAGGAAGAUUCUUCUAAUUGGAAAGUCCAUCAAUUUCCUUCAUCAAGUCUGCCACGAUAACAGCCCCAUUAAGGUCAAAGGUGACAGCGAUUUGGAGACCAAAAAUAAAUAUCAAGACACUGAGAUGCUAUUGGAGCAGGAUCUUGACGGGUCCUUCCAGCAAGUCAUUGACUCCGCCUACCGUGAUACCAGUAAGAGGCUACUACAUGUGCUCUACACUGACUACAAGUUCCUAGAUCACCUCAAGGCAAUGCGGAGGUACCUGCUGUUGGGUCAGGGAGAUUUCAUCCAGCAUCUCAUGGAUUUACUGGAGAGUGACUUAUCCAAGCCGGCCAACCAACUCUACCUGCACAAUCUGACAGGUAUGUUGGAGACCGCUGUACGCGCUACCAACGCACAAUAUGAUGACGUGGAUAUUCUCAACAGAGUGGAUGUACGGCUUCUGGAGCUGUCCCCAGGCGACACAGGCUGGGAUGUGUUCAGUCUGGACUACCACGUGGACGGGCCCAUCAGCACGGUCUUCACCCCGCAGUGCAAGAUCCUGUACCUGCGCGUCUUCAACUUCCUCUGGCGGGCCAAGCGCAUGGAGUACGUGCUGGCCCAGGUCUGGCGGGACAAGAUGGGCAGCACCCGCAAACUGGAAUCCAUCGCAGAGCUUGCGCCCAUCCUCCACCAAUGCCACAUCCUGACGGCCGAGAUGGUCCACUUCGUCAACCAGAUGCAGUACUACAUCAAUUUUGAGGUGAUGGCAUGCUCCUGGGAUGAACUGUGGAAGAAAGUGACGGAGGCAGAAGACAUGGACCACAUCAUUGCAGCCCAUGAAGUCUUCUUAGAUGCCAUCAUCAAAGGCUCGCUGCUCAAUGAGGAGUCACAGCCUUUACUGACUCAGCUGAGGACUAUCUUUGACCUGAUCAUCCAGUACCAAGGAGUGCAGGAGUCUCUGUACAGUGACAGCUGUGAGGAGCUGAGACUGAGAGAGGCCGACAAGCAGGCUGUUCAAGACAGGACAGAACAGGGUGAGUGGGGCGUGACGGCUCAGACAGAGCAGGAGCAGAAGAGACGGAAGGCCAAGUUCCUUCGGGAGUUCAUCCCAACCAGCCGAGCCCAGCUCAAAGUCCUCAGGAAAUCUUACCAGGACAUGGUGCAGCGAUUCUUAGUGAUGCUGACCGGUCACUCUGACGACAGCCUGCGACUCCUGGCGGUCAGACUGGACUUCAAUGAAGUCUACAAGGCCAAAGAGCCCAUGCUGAGAAGCCCAAUGGCCUACAGCCGCACCAAGAAAGUCUUCUGAGAAGGCGUAGAGAGAUAAACAUUGAGAGAAGGGCGUCAAGACAGGUAGUAAGUGGGGUUCACUUUGCAACAGGUGAAUAAUUGCCCCUGCAGGGGUGAAUAAUUUCAUCUGCAGGGCAAGGUUGAGAUGCAAGUAGGUCUUUGUACAUGGGCAUGCAACUUUUCCUCGGAUCCCCUAAUUUCCUUGUUUUUUACUUCUCAUGAAUGCCAUUACAAAUUGAAAAUGCUGUACAAAGUCUUGUGCAUUUUGGAAUUAUUUUUUUUUAUCAAUUCCCAGUUGCAUGCCCGACAGUACAGGGAUUGAGGUACUAAAGGUACAUGUAAAUGCUAUUUGAGACACCGAGUUUAACAACACAGCACAUCACACUUCAAGCUGGAUAAAAUCGGAAGCAGUUUUAUGUGUCACACAGAAGAUCUGCUGAAUGGCUGUGUCCUAUACCAAAAGGGAACCAAAUGACAUUAAACUGAAAGAUAUCUAAUAUCUAUGCAACAUAUAGUUAUAAAAAUAUAGAAGUUUCUUCCAAUGUGGAUUUCAGUUUGGGAUUGCUUUUUUAAAAAGCAUUUUUUUGUACUUUAGAUCGCAUAAAAAAGAAUGGAAGCAUAGUGAAGAAGGGAUAAUUCCAUAUUUCUGUGGAAUUAUUCCUUUAUUUAGGCUCAGUACUGUAUAAGAUCAAAUAUUGUAAAUAAAACAAAAAAAGCUGUUUGCCAAUUAAAACAAU